AUGGCGGACAGAGACAGUGGCAGUGACCACGGAGCGCCCACCUCAGGCCCACUGCCUCCGGGGGCGAUGGGCAUGUCCCGUCUGCAGCACGACACCGAGGAGCUGGCGUCGAAGCGCGUCGACAUCCAGAACAAGCGCUUCUACCUGGACGUGAAGCAGAACGUCAAAGGCCGCUUCCUAAAGAUAGCCGAGGUCGGCGCGGGGGGAAACAAGAGCCGCCUGACGCUGUCCAUGUCUGUGGCCGUGGAGUUCCGAGACUACCUCGGAGACUUUAUCGAGCACUACGCGCAGCUGGGGCCCUCCAACCCGGACCUGGUACAGGACGAGCCGCGGCGGGCUCUCAAGAGCGAAUUCCUGGUGCGGGAGAACCGUAAAUACUACAUGGAUCUGAAGGAGAACCAGAGGGGGCGGUUCCUGAGGAUCCGGCAGACCGUUAACCGGGGCCCGGGGCUGGGCAGUGCACAGGGCCAGACCAUCGCUCUCCCCGCACAGGGGCUCAUCGAGUUCCGCGACGCUUUGGCCAAACUCAUCGAUGACUACGGGGUGGACGAGGACCCCGCGGAGCUGCCGGAGGGCACCUCUCUCACCGUGGACAACAAGCGCUUCUUCUUUGACGUGGGCUCCAACAAGUACGGCGUGUUCAUGCGGGUCAGCGAGGUCAAACCCACGUACCGGAACUCCAUCACGGUUCCCUGCAAAGUGUGGUCCAAAUUCGGCCACACGUUCAGUAAGUACGCGGAGGAGAUGAGGAAGAUCCAGGAGCGGAGUCGAGAGAAGCGGGCCUCAGAACUGAUGCCCGAGAGCCAAGACGGCGACGAGGAAAUGUUGAAGGGAAUCACCCACACAACCUCCACGGACAGCAGUCUCCUCGUCAUUACCGGAUGUCUCCCACAACCCACCACUCACAGUGAGCCGCUGCUAAACGGAACUGUCCUCUGGAUCAGUGCUGUAGGGCUGAAGCAGCGGGCUCCAACACCAACUGCCCAAACCUGCCCCUGCCACGCCACUGCUGCCCUGGGGCAGAUGGCUCAGGCCCUGAGCACGGGACACCAGGAAGUCCAGAUCAGGAGCCGGAUCACAGCGGUCCAGCUCUGGGCAGGAUUUAUGGGCGGUACGGAGCGUCCAGAGGAGCAAGUCACCUGA